ACUACCAGAAUAAAAAACGCCGCUAUACUCAGAUAUUUGAACUAUGGCAGUAUGUGACUUGACUUCUUACACAAGCAACCUCUUUUCACUGUUUGGGCGGACUCUUGCGUAUUUCCGUUGUCCGUACCACCCCUACAGGCCUCCGAAGACGCAAAAGACGUGCGUACACCGUCCGUUUUCGCGCCUGUUGCCCAAUGGAAAGAGUCUGAAUCCGCCAGGGUUCCGUAACCAGCGGUUUACAAUUCUCGACUCUCCAAAUCCGAAAAACCUCCCCCUACGACGCUCGAUGAACAGUGGCUAAAACGGUUGAAUAGUAUACGUUAUCCGGUUUAUUCUACUUUGUACCAAACAAUCGACUAUAUACAAAGAUGUUCUCUCAAGUUUUCAGACAAUCCACCCGUGUUUUGGUUCAAACUAGAGCUUUCUCCGCCACCGUCUCCAGAGCCAACUUGGUGUCUGAAUUGUACGUCAAGGAAUUGAAGGCCUUCAAGCCAACCCCAUUGACCGCCUCCCACUCCGAAGGCGCUGUCAAGCCAUGGUCCACCCCAGUCGCCCCAAAGGCCCCGGCUGUUGAAGGUGCCAACGAUGUCGCUGAAUACGAAACUGCUGCUGUCGAAGUUGGUUCCGCUGAAGUCAAGGCCGCUUCUGCCGGUGCCGCUGAAACCUUGGAAGAGUUCUUCGUUUUGGAAGACCUCCCAGAAGAAGAACCACACCACUAAAUUGUGCGUAGGGUCUAACUCACAUCCCUUCCCCAACAAUUAAAAUUAACAUACAAAAACUUUCAGUUUAUUAAACGAAAGGAGUGUCGUGCUGGGAUAGGAAACAGUGGGGUAUCGUGUGCUAUAUAACUGCUCUUAGUUCGGCUCCGUGCUCUUAUUUUCGCUGUGCCUUUUAGCCCACGCUCCUUUUAUCUCCCCCC